AUGGGGGAGCAUAGCAGCUCACACGGCCUUCAUCGCAUGCGCAGACCGUUGUGGCGUUCAAAAGAUAGACAAAGGUCGCCGAGUCCCCAAAUAUGCGAGAAGCUCAUUCGCAAAAAGGUUCCUAGCUUCAGCGAUGCGCCCCCGGGGCAAUUGCAAUACAACAACAGUAAAGAUAGGUUCCAGGCUAGAAACAAGGUCGCGGUGAAGGACCUGGGAAAAAUCAUUGACGCUCACGACAAUGAGGCAGAUACCGCCUUGAAGGUUGGGAGCAGCUCUUGGGACCUCGUCUUUGAACAAAUGGCUGCGGCGAAGACUCGCAAUGAAGAGAGAUCCGAUCUCGGCUCCAAGGUGACAGCUGGUGGUGAUGUGAUUUCAGCCUAUAUCAAUCUUCUCCCGGACGAUUACGGCAUCGGAAUCUUGAAGGGGGGACUCGCUCUCAUAUUUGAUGCUACCAAGGCGCAUGACGAGAACAGAAACAAGAUUGUCCAAACCUUCGAGACGAUUCCUGACAGCAUUCUGACCAUCAACAUGGCCUUCGAUCUUCUUGACCCUGACCCGGCCGAUAUGAAAGUCCAAACAGAGGCGGUCGGCAUGCUUCUUGAGGACCUCCCAGCUCUGAUUAAAAUACUUCUAGGAGAAGAGAAAUGGUAUCGCAAAGUCGUCAGGUUUCUUUCACUUAGCAUCCCAGAGACCAUGACAAUUGACGACAUAUUGUCACGCUGGGACCAAAAAGUGGUGCAGUUGAAGGAGCAUGUGCAACGAAUGAAGUGGAAAAUGUGCUCCAAAUUCUCCGCAGAGCUCAAAAGCAUUGGCGACGCAGUAAAACACUCAGACAUGGAUAUCCGGGCAUUACUUGCAGAAAGUAAGGCAAUGCAGACGGCCAUAUUCCAUAACACCAAGAAGGAUUACGCGUCCAUCUUAUCCGAGAUUUAUCGGGGCAAUGAAAUUGCGGCGUAUGUGGCUUCAUUGAUGAAGGAACAAAUGGAGGGCAUGACGCGCGAAAGAGAGAGCUUUUCUCGAGAAAGAGAACACUACCAAGCCAGGGAGUUGAGAUUGGAAGAAAGAAACCAACAUCUCAGCGUCGAGAAUGAGACACUGCGUCGAAAGGUGUCCCAGAACAGCAUCGUAGAACAGCCGAGGGUCAGCCUUAUUGACGACGUGCAGCUUCUAGACAUUCUUGGGGUUGAUCUUGAUAAAUUAGGGGACGACUCUGAAACUAUCCUGGGCCAUUCAGAGCAUUCUGAUACAGAUGAGAGGGCAAAAGCUCAGUGGUUACUACAAACCGAUGAGUUUCGCAAUUGGCUUCGAGAGAAUCGCUCUUCUCUGCUCCUUGUGGACGGGGAGCUGCAGGACUCCUUCAUAUCCCCGCUGUCAGGGAUAUGUGGUGGUCUGAUCAGCGCCCUCGUGGAGAGCCGGGGCUCGGCUGUGGCCUUCUUCUUCGCAGGGCUGCAUGUCGAUAUGCAGCUGCCAGAUAUUGAUAGCGGACCGGUGGCUAUGAUCAGGAGCCUCAUAGCUCAGCUCCUGAUGAGUGACAAUCUGCCCUCACGCGACUUAAGCUUCAUGUCCAAGGACAUGAUCAAGGGAUGCAGAGAAGGGGACUGUCUCGUUCUCUGUGAAGUAUUCGUCAAAAUUAUCAAGCAGGUGCCAACUCAGACGACGGUGUACUGCAUCAUCGACGGUGUUUCGUGGUAUGAGCAGGGACGUUGGCUGGAUGAUCUCGAUGAAUUUGCGACGGCGUUGGAGUAUGUGGCAAAGAGGAACAACGCUGGCCGUUCUGGGUCGUUGAAAGUUCUGUUGACUAGCCCGACUCAAAGCACGGAGAUUGGACAUCUUGCGAGAAAGCACAGAAAUGUCUGGUGGCAUGUGUCGUUGGCAGCUGGCCACAUUCACCCUUACUUGGGUUUUAUGGAUUCGAACUCACUCCCUAUGUAG